AUGCCUGCAGAGAUGAAAAAUGUCUUGAGGCUCUUGCCCCCCAAACCUUAUACAGACAUUCUGGUGCAACGCUUUCUGGAAGACACCAACUACAACUACUACAGUAUUUACCCACCAACAUUUUCCCAGGAAUAUGCCGCCUGGUGGUCAAACCGGGCCAGUGGCAGGCCACUGACGCCCGAGUUCACUUGUCUUCUCGUGCGAGUCUGUGCCUGCUCCGCGCAAUACCUUGACGCCGCGAUCCGACAGAAACUCGAAUCGGAACUCGGCGAGUCAGUCCAGAGUCUUUCAGAAAGCUAUCAUCAUGCAGCCAAGCAAUUAAGCAAUACGAUUGCGCCCGGGAAAGGGGGUUUGACGCAGGUCCAGCAGCUUUUUUUGAUGGCAGCAUGGUUCAAAUCCGAGUCUCUGUUCAUUGAGUCGUGGCAUGCCCUGAGCUCUUCCAUCCAUGAAGCACAGGAACUAGGUAUGCAUAAAAGCUCCCCAAAGGCUGGAUUAUCCGAAUUCAACCUUGAAAUGAGACGCCGAGUCUGGUGUCUGCUGUAUGUCUGGGACUGGCAAAUGGCUCUCUUGCUCUCGCGCCCGCUCAUCAUCAACCAAAGUUAUUAUUCCUUUGAGCCACCCAAUAUGCAGCUCGAGGGCAUUGAUGAUGGAACAGGACCGCCAUCACCCGUAGCUUACAUUGCUGUACAGCUGGCCCUGGGCGAAAUCAUCAUUAAAAUUCCAGGGGCAAUAGGAGGCACCAUCGAUACCACCUACGCAGAGUCCACUCGCGCCGAUAUAGAAAAUUGGCUCGCCUCUCUUCCUCCCGCUUAUAAUUUAACUAAUCCCGAUAUACAGUGGGAUGAAACAUACCCAUAUGUACCCUUACAUCGUCGCCAGCUACAUGCCGUGGGAUACAUGAUGAUGCUCUUACCAUUCAAAAGGUCUCUCACCGAGUGCUUUGACUCCCACAGCUCCCAGACAGACAGGAGUCUCCGAGAACGCGCCGUCAACGUCGCCCUGCAAUUAAUGGAAGUCUCGCGCCGGUUAUUUGACCACGUCUACCCUAUGAACGCCAAAUUCCAUCUCGUCACCUUCUUGAUAUUCGACACGGCGGCUUUCCUGAGCUCCGCUGUCAUCCACGACAAGGACCGCAGUCUCCCACAGCGAGAGAAUGUGCUCCAAGCCAUCAAACUCGCGUGUUCUUUGAUGGAAAAGCUCGCCCAAAUCACCAAGACCAGUGCCAUCUGCUACCCGAUUUUGGUCAAGCUCGCCAAGAGCCUGGCACUAUCGUCCCAAAAGACAGUAACUAAUAAUGACACCGACCUGGUGAUACCUCAAUUGGGAACAGAGCAGCCAAAUGCCCCGAACGACUUCGGAGAUUUUUCGUUGAACGACACUAUUUCUCCGGGAUCGAUACCUUCGCUGGGCUCGGCCCCGGGCUCUGAAAUGUUUAUGCCUGCAUCAUUGGAUUUCACUGUACCCGGCAUGGAAACACCGCCCAUAACAGGGGUCGGAGAUUUCUCGAACUUGGAUAUUGGUCAGUUUGACCAGAUCUGGGACUGGCAGAAUCUUGACUUGACUCUGCUGUCUUCGCUGCCGGCAUGA